UUGCUCUCGUGCAGGAGAAAUGUAGUGCUUCAGAAGUCUCUGCUUUCAUGCAUCAAACGGGCUGUUUAAUUAGUCAUUUAUCUUAAUGCAGUGAGCCUUUGACUUUGCCUAUGGUGUAGGAGGACAAGUUGAUUCCCACCUGUGGUGCUCUGCUCUUGUUUCUUGCUCCUGCAAGACGCACCUCUGUUCAUGUCUCCUUCCCUACUUAGGGCUUGCUUUAUUUUGAGGUGGCCGGAAGACAGGAAGAGGCGCUUCAAGGUCUUUGCAGAGGGCCAGAAGAUGGCUGCUUUCUUCAAAGAGAGACCGGCAGAACUGCAUGAAAGCAUCUCUAAUUUCCUAGGGACCCAGGAGUUUGUCUUGCUGGAUGCUCAGCUCCACGUCAAAUCCAAAGUGGAGGAAAUUGUUCUGGUUUUGAUGCCUUGGCGAGCAUUGGUGGUGAUAGCAAAGUUCCCGAUCAAGGUCCAAGUGAGCUUCAGCUUCCUAGCUAUGCAGUUUAUCAAAAUCCGAGAAGCUAAAAAGCUUAUCAUAGAAUCUGAUACCUCUUCCUUUGAAUUUGACUUCCUGUCAUUAGAUGAUCUGGAACAUGCAGUCAGUCACAUGAUUACGGCCCUCAAGAAGGUUUUUCCAGGGUCAUCACCUGGAGAUCUACUCCAGAAUGCCUCUCCCAGCUUGCUUGCUAGAAUUCAAGAUAUAAUCGAUUCCUUGGAAGAAGCAUGGAAAGAAAGCCCUUGCGGUGGGUUCUCAGAGACGUAUGCUGCCCUCUGUGAUUACAGUGGCCUUUCUUUCCAAGAGGAAAUCCAGUGGGAUGUGGAUAAUGUUUAUCACGUCCAGGGAUGCAGAGAGUUCAACCUGCUGGAUUUCAACCACCUGCCCAGCCAAGAUAUAGCUCUUUGUGUGGCUGGUUUGUCAUUCAAUCAGUGGUUUACAAAGCUAAGUUGCAAAGACUUCAAACUGAACCAGGAUAUUUUGGAGGAGAUCCUUCUGGCCCUCAGAAAAUCAGGGACUUUGAAAGAGUUGGAACUGGAAAACUGUGGCUUAAAAUGUGAUUUUGCUCAGCAGAUGGCCCUUGUCCUUCAAGAAUAUCCCGACUCUGCCUUAAAUACCCUUAAUCUCUCUAGAAACCUCCUGGAGGAUCGAGGUAUAAUUGCUCUAAGCCAGACCUUCGAGCAAAGCGUCAAGGGUUUCCAGUCCUUGAACUUUGCCAAGACUUCGAUAACUCAGAAAGGAAUGAUGGCCCUGUGUCUGUCGUUCAUCAACAACAGAGAAUUCAGGACCUGUCUGACCCAUCUGGACCUCUCUGGAAAUCCCGGAAGUUUGUUUGCUGAAGGGGGAAGUGGCUUGUUUUCCUUCCUGAGUCAGCCAAAUGCUCUGGAUCAUCUUGAUCUCUCUGGGUCAGACUGUGCUUUGGAUAUGCUCUUCAGUGCCUUGGCUGGUGGUUGCUGUGUAAACCUGACCGAUCUGAACCUCUGCAAGAAUGUUUACUCUCACAAAAAAUCCAGAGGUGAUCCUCUUGGAAUCAGCCAGUUCUUCAGCCAGACCUCUGCCCUACAACAUGUUUCCCUGUCUGGAACCAAGCUCCCACCAGAGGCUUUAAGAGCUUUGCUACAAGCUUUGGCCAACAACACCCAACUGAAGAACCUGCACCUGGACCUCACUAGUUGUGAGCUGAGAUCGGCAGGAGCCCAAGUGAUCCAGGAUCUGAUUUCAGAUGCUAGCUCAAUCUGUGACUUGAAUUUGUCAGACAACGGUUUUGAUUCUGACAUGGUGACGCUGGUUUUGAGCAUCAACCGAAGCAAAUCCAUUAAGCAUGUCGCAUUAGGGAAGAACUUUAACAUCCAGUCUAGAGAGACUCUAGUUGACACCUUACAUCGGAUUGUUCAACUCACUCAGGAUGAAGACUGUUCAGUUGAAUCCAUAUCCGUGGCCGAAUCUCGCCUGAAGCUGAGAACUGGCAUUCUUCUCGAUGGCUUAGGAAGCAGCAGCCAUCUUGUGGCCUUGGAUAUCAGUGGCAAUGCUAUGGGAGACUUGGGUGCCAAAAUACUGGCCAAAGCAUUGUCAGUGAAUAAAACUCUCAGGACUCUAAUGUGGGAUAGAAACAGCACAACCUUAAAUGGAUUCCUUGACGUGACUUGGGCUUUGGAAAGGAAUUUCAUCCUCAAGAAAAUGCCCUUGCCUAUGAAUGACAUUGCUGUGGCUUACCGGAGCCAUCCAGAGAAAAUGGAGGAAGUUGUGCACAAGAUGCAGUCUUACCUUGCAAGAAAUCAGAUUCAAGAGAAUCUGCCCAAGGAGAAAUGCGAGCGCCAGCUAGCCAGUAAAGCCAGCUCUUCUGAACAGGCAGUGAAAGAUGCUUGCCAGUCUGUGCAGAAAUACAUUGGGCUGCUGAGCUGUGUUCAGGAUGUGGAAGUUAAGGCUGAUAUACUUUGGGCUGAGGAAGCCGUCAAGGACGCAACCCUUUUCAUGGAUCAGAUUUUGCCCAUUUUGCGGGAAGCAGGAAGGUCUUCCUACCAGAACUGCAAGCUUCAGCACAAACUGGAAAACCUCGUGGAGGAAGUUUCUCAGACCUACAGCAAAGAGAUCCAGGCUGUUGUGCAAUCCCAGCUGGAUGCUACGCAGGGUUUGCACCCUCAAAUCUUGCAGAAAACAAGCUUCUGGAACCACCUAUUCUGCAGUGCACCAGAGACAGUCCUCCUGGACCACUUGCUGAUGGAGGUGUAUGACAAGCUCAUGAAGAUCCAGAUAUCAGUUACUGAGGCCAUGACCAAUAGCAUCACUGAGAAGACUUUGGAGGAGUUAACCACCAUUCAAGACAGGCUGGUGGCCGCCCAGUGGAGACACACCUGCUCCAUGAGUCUUCUGCCAACACCCAGCCCAAAUGGUCUGUCAGAACUCGCGCUGAAGGUAGGAGCCAAAGAUAACAAGAUUGGGAGUCCCCAGCCUGAGCUGUCACUCAGCCGUGCCUCCGCGAAGUCACGCCCUGCUUCCACAAAGGAUGCUGAGCCUGGGAGCGGGCUGCUGCCGUGCACAGAGCCUGCAUCCGGAGAAUCCCUUAUGGACCUGCCGACUGCGGGGGAGAAAUUGGAGCAUUACACCCGAGACAGGCCCAGGCCAAACCGCAGGAACAGGCAACCUCCCAGCAAAUCGAAUGUACAGCCGCCUGUGCGUGAGAACACGGAAGACAGAAGCAUUGCUAGGUUGGAUGAAGGGUUAGAUGAAUUCUUCACCAAGAAGGUGAUUCACGAAUAUUUACUCCCUGUUUCGUUGGAAACCUCUCCAUCAGCAACCACAUCGACAUCUUCUGGUUCUCGGACCUUAAAAAAGAAAAUAGGACACUUCUUUGCCUUCAAGAAGCCAAAGUCAAGUCGGGGUGCCAAGUCAGAAAAAGAACCUGAGGGUAGUCCCUCACCAGCAAGGGGCAGGAAGCUGAUGCUCAGUGACAUUUUAAGGACCCCUAGCAAAACCAGUGAAUCAGCCAAAGUGCUAAGCAAAUCUGAGGAAGGAGGGCUGGCUGGGGAGAACAGAGGCUACCUGGAACAGAGCCAGACUCCGGAUAGUGCUCGUAGGGCAAGGCCAAAGUACUCCAGGGAAGGGAAGUCUCAGUCUUUGAUACUCUUGUCAGGAGAGGAGUCAGAGGGACUUGGUGUGAGACAUGAGAAGAAGAGGUCCUUUGAGAGGAGCGAUGGUGAGCUGCCCAGUUCCUUUGAACAGCGUGUCCAUGUCAUGCUGCAUCGGAUUGGUGUCACCAAGGUGUUAUCCUCUGAAGGCAAAAAGAAACAGAGCAAAGAUGGGGAGAUCAAGAAGGCUGGUUCUGAUGGGGAUAUCGUGGAUUGUUCUGCAGAGUCUCCUCCAUGCUCUUUGAAAUCACGAACACACUCCAUAUCCACAGAUCCUUCCGUGCGCAUGGGUUCUCCCGAUGCCAUUGGCAGAGCAGGUACAGAGCCAAGCAGUGGAUGCAAUGAGGGGAGGCUCUCUUGGAAAGUUCUUGGGAAGCAGCUGAAUGUGGAGCUCAAGGGGAAGUGUUCAGAACUCAGCUCUUCUCCGAGAAGAGCUUUUGCCAAUCAGGAGCCCACCAGCUCCCGGGAGCAAGAAGGGAGAGAGAGCUGGAGCAGCAGUUUGCCCAGGACUGGGAGAAGCACAGCUGCCCCUCUUCCCAUCAGGAGGACCAGCAAUGCUGGAGAAGGACAGGCAUUUGUUGAACUGCAGAAUUCGUACGCUCACUUAAACACGAUUGCUGGAGACAAUCAGUUCAAACCCAAACCUCGCCUAAAGCCUGUGGUAAACCGAAGGGCCAUGUCUGUUCAUGAAGAACAGCUCAGGGACCAGGCCUGUGCGGCAGAGCUCCACCAUGCAAAAAUCCCUCUUUGUUUGCAACGCUCCCCUGUUCUGAAAUGGAAGACUAAGCCCAAGUCCCUGUUGGAGACUGGAACAUCUGCACCAUCUGACUCUCUAGGCACUCCCCCACAAGAAAGGAGCGUGGCUGCCUCCAACUCAAAAUCAAGACCAGAAACAGAAGAGUUGCCCCAAGCUUUAGAACAAACUCUAAAGAAUGCACAAAAUACAGCAUUAGACCAAAGAACUGUGGUGCCCCUCUCCAGGUCUCCAAUACAAGAGCACUGAAUGCUUCUGCAUGAUGGCAAGCUCCAUUGAAGGAGGACAGAGUGAAGGCUUAUGGCUUGAAGCAACAGCAGCAGUAAAAGCCAGCUGUGAGGGUGCACGUUCGUCAGUACAAGGAUGAGCAAGUGCCAGGCCCUUGGCUGGAAGAGCUGGAAUUUCCAGUGAUGAAUAGUGGCAUCUAAUCUCCUGCACGUCUUUCUGGAUUGAUUGACCUUUUUUCAUCGUUCAUCCUUGUACGCACUCAUAUAAGUGCCCAGUAUUCUAACGGUUUGUGUGAGAAAAGCCAAAAGCUCAGUCUGCAGGAAACCAGUCAUUUCCAGCAGCAGUUGUACAGUUGGUACAGAUGUGAAAAUGUUAUAGUGCCAGAAACUGAGAACCACCAGCAGAAGGGAUGGGGGUUAUCUUACAUACACUAAUCUUGCCUGCCUUGCAUUGUAUGUUUUGGAAGUCUGAGACUAGGCUAGCUUUGUGGUUUGUAGGAAAGUUAAAAGCAGGCACUCAGUUAAAUCAGGUACAUCUGUCUCAUAACAAACUUCCUCCCAUGCCAUCCUAUACUAUAUGUGUUCUUAAGAUCUUAUUUUCUUUGGCCACAUCCUUUUACCAUCUAGGAACAAAACUGUCAUUCUAGAACCAACAUCUGCUGGCACCCAUGAGAGGUCUGGCGUGAACAAGGUAGGAGGAACAGUGUGCAUUGUGGCAGCUUUCAGCAAGUUAAGAUAAAUGAGGUCUCAGUCCCUCCAUUCCACAAUUAAAUAAUUCAAAAUCACAAUUGUUCCUGUCUCAUUUAUUCUGGUAUUAGGCCUCUCCUCUCUGCUUCAUUAACAUUGCUACGAGGUCCAGCAGUGCUUUGCUGUAGCAGAGAGGAUGGGGGAAAUGGAGAAGACUCUUGUCUACCUUGGGAAGAUGUGAGGGCAUCACACCAAGGUAGGUGUUUCUGUUCAAAUGCUUAACUAGUAGCCCUUGUCUCACUAAUCAGGAUUUUCAACCUUCUCCUUAAAGAAAAUACCUUACCCCAAUCCACUGGCUUUUAAGGAGGCUAUAGGUAAUAGCCUAUACAUUACUUUUUACAAUAUAAAUUGCUUAACUUGUUACAGCUCCUUACAUCCAAAGGACUAGCACAUAGGAUUGAGGGCAAGCACACAUUUCACCACACUGAUGGCCUGCAAAUAAACAUACUGUUAAAUGUAGUUACACUGCAUACUCUGAAAAAACGCAGCUGUUUCAUAGAGUAGUAGGUACUUUCACCACUAGCCUUUUUCAGGCACUGGAAGAAAGAAUAUGUGGGCACUUGGCUAAUAGUUAUAAUUCUCCACAGGGCUGGAAGGAUUAUAACGGCAUUCAGUGGAGAGGUUUUCUGCCAACAUGGAAAGUUCAGGACCCCAUCAUCUGAAGGCAUUCUUUUCACAAACACUGAAAAAGGCUUUUGCUUCCAGUAUCAGUGGAUUUGAAUUUAGGGAACAAGGAGCAGUUAUGGACCAUGCCAGAGUCAUGUUUCAAAUCAUACAUGCAGCCACACCAGCUGCAAAGUUCUCACAACACACUGUGUCUACUAGUGGUGGAAUUCCAUGUACACACACAACGCGUUUCCACACAGAUAAAGAACAUUUUGGCAUAAUAGUUCAAUUGCCAAUCAUUCUAAACCACAAGAGACGCUCAGUGGGAGUUGAGCUCCUUGUAUUGUACUUGGGUAUCUUGUCAUCUAUUACCAGAUGAUUAUUGCAUGCAUCUUUUAAAAAUAUUCUAGCACAAAUAGCCAAUUUAUUUACGUUAAGGUCCUUAUUUUAAAGCAAAGAAUCACAGAAUUUUAUUUUAACUUUCAAACUAUGUUUGAGUGACUCUGCUCAAAUUUGGAAAAUUGGCACACAAGGUAUAUUUUUUAUGAGAGCUGUGCUGUUGUAUUUUUCCUAAUUUGUUUUAAUUUUCAAAACAUUUUAUCAAGCAUGUAAGCUAUAUGAAAUAUUUUGUAAUUAAA